UAGAGCUGAAAUAUUAUAGCUCUAUUGUAUUGGAAAAGGGUGGCGUGACACGCCGCAGCACUUGUAAACGUCCUACUUCUCCUCGUUUGACUGAGGGGGACCGACAACGAUCAAACUGGCCAGCAGAUUGGGAAUUCUACUUUGUCUAUUUUUAAUAGACAUAUUUUAGCGGCGGUUUGUUUUCCCCUCCUCGUUAUCUUAAGCCUCAAGUCGCAGGUCCCUAUCUCCUUUCCCCAAACCGUAUUUCAUAAAGCAUGGUCAUGGCUGACUGUCACCAAAAACCGAUGCUCCGGGGUCCUGUCCGAGUAGGCUUCUACGAUAUCGAGCGUACUCUGGGAAAGGGGAAUUUCGCGGUUGUAAAACUGGCAAGACAUCGCAUUACUAAGACUGAGGUCGCCAUAAAGAUAAUAGACAAGACCCAGCUUGAUGCUGUGAACCUGGAGAAGAUAUACCGUGAAGUACAGAUAAUGAAAAUGCUGGAUCAUCCACACAUCAUUAAGCUGUACCAGGUCAUGGAGACCAAGAAUAUGCUCUACCUUGUGACAGAGUAUGCAAAGAAUGGGGAAAUCUUUGACUACCUGGCCAAGCACGGGCGACUGAGUGAGCAAGAGGCACGGCGCAAGUUCUGGCAGAUCCUGUCAGCUGUUGAGUACUGUCACAACCGCAACAUCGUUCAUCGAGAUCUGAAGGCGGAGAACCUGCUGCUAGAUGGACAUAUGAACAUCAAGAUCGCAGAUUUUGGCUUUGGGAAUUUCUUCCAGCCUGGAGAACCCCUAGCAACAUGGUGUGGUAGCCCACCCUACGCGGCUCCAGAAGUAUUUGAAGGACAGCAGUAUGAAGGCCCGCAACUGGACAUCUGGAGUAUGGGAGUUGUGCUAUACGUGUUGGUUUGCGGUGCAUUGCCCUUCGACGGUCCCACUCUCCCCGUACUCCGACAGCGCGUGUUGGAAGGCCGUUUCCGUAUCCCUUACUUCAUGACAGAAGACUGUGAGCAUCUAAUCAGACGUAUGCUGGUGCUAGACCCAUCUAAACGUUUGACAGUGGCUCAGAUAAAGGAGCAUAAAUGGAUGGUUCUGGAUGUGCCAGUACAAAGGCCCAUGCUCUACCAGCAGAGUGUUUCUGCAGACGGAGAGGCGGCCGUCGGAGAGUACAGCGAACAGGUUUUGCGGCUCAUGCACAGUCUGGGUAUUGACCAGCACAAGACCGUAGAGUCUCUCCAGAAUAAGAGUUAUAACCACUUUGCUGCUAUCUACUAUCUGCUGGUGGAACGUCUGAAAGCUCACCGCUGUAGCUUCCCUGUGGAGCAGCGGCUGGACGCUCGCCAGCGCCGGCCCAGCACUAUCGCCGAGCAAACUGUCGUCAAGUCCAGUAGCGGCGGUCCUCAGGUGGGCCUUCUGUCCCAGAAUGUUCGCCUCCUUCGCUCUCCCGCCCUCCCCCAGGCCUCCGCAGACUCCUUCACUUUCCCGCACACCUCCUGCGGCCCAGAGCUUGGCCUCAUGGAAGAGGAGGUGGGAACUCCUAAAGUCAAUGGUUGUAUGCUGGAUCCUUUGCCCCCUGUUGCUGUUCGGAAGUCUAGCACAUCAUCUCCUAGCAACAUGAUGGAGACCUCGAUAGACGAAGGCAUCGAAACGGAGGAGCCAGACACAGAGGACGACCCGCCACACAUCUUCACCGCUUACCAGACAUCCCGCUUUGGUCAACGCAGACACACUCUCUCUGAGGUCACCAAUCAGCCAGGAGCUGUUGCCAGUGCAGGCAAGUUGUUUAGUAUGGGCCACAAUCCUUCCCUGGGUAGUGUGGAUAGUGUGGAGUAUGACAUGGGCUCCAUACACAGUGACUUGAGUUUGCUGGAGGACACGCCUUCCCUGAACGAGGUGGUUCUGGCCAACACAUCUGUCACGCGCAUGACCCCGCCCUUCAUCAGCGCGCGGCCGGCGAACCCGGCCAUGCAGGCUCUGAGCUCUCAGAGGAGGGAAGCCCACAAUCGCUCACCAAUCAGCUUCCGCGAGGGUCGGCGCGCUUCCGACACCUCGCUUACGCAAGGCCUAGUGGCAUUCAGACAGCACCUGCAGAAUCUGGCUCGGACCAAAGGCAUCCUGGAGCUGAACAAGGUACAGAUGCUGUACGAACAGAUGGGGUCUGGGGAGAACCCCGCUCUGGGCCCCUUGAGUCCUCAAACACACCCUCACGAACUGCUGGAUCCCCUUUUACAGGUCAGUCAACAUGACAUGGCCAUGUUCUCUGGCGGUGCCCAAACCCCUCUGUUGUCAAGGAGACAGAGCCUCGAGCCUCAGUACCUCUCUCACAGAAUGCAGAAAGCUAAUCUGAUGGCUGCUAGUCCCAGUAACUGUCAGAUGUUCUGUAAAGAAACCCCACGUAGUCUGGAGCAGCAACUGCAAGAGCACAGGCUGCAUCAGAAGCGACUGUAUCUUCAGAAGCAAUCCCAAAUGCAGGCUUAUUUUAACCAGAUGCAGAUAGUAGAGGGUUCUUAUCCCAUGGGCCACCAGGAAUCUGCAGCCAGCCCUCAAACCCAGGGCUCCAUAGCGCCGACGCACCAGCCGCAGCAGCUCCAGAACCCCCAGUCUUCACCCCCUUUUGGUCACACUCAACCCCUCAUGCCAAUGAUGGAAUCCAGCACAGAGGGUCUUGGUUACGACCCCUACAUGGGCCAUUACACUCACGUACAACAAGCACCUCUUCCCCAUAGUCUCUCCGGUCAGCUUCAGGGGCAGCAGCCCGAGGCACUAAACUAUAACUACCCAGCUGUCAUUGACCAAGGCCAGACUCCCGCUGGGGAGGGCCUCUAUCAGGAGCAAUACAAUUACCCUCUAGACCCCGGACAGCCACCCCCUUCAGGCCAAGCCGAGGGCGCCGUCGCUGGGUACGAGGGACUGGUGAUUCCUGACCUCCAGAACUCCUUUCUUGACGGUGAGAUGAUGGAGACCGUGGACUCCCAGCACGGCUUCGUGCUGGUGAACUGAGCCAAGUCAACGUGGGAAAAACAGUAUUACCUGAAUAUCUGCGUCAUUGUGGGGCUGUUGGAGGAGAGGGUUUUUAAGGAACAGGGAUGGACCAUUUUUUUUUGUGUUACUGGGAAUCUUCUAGUUGUGGUGAACCUCAGAUGUUUUUUUUUUUUUUGUUCUCACCAUACUC